AUGUCGUCCUCGACUGAUACGUAUCGUAUCACAAUCAUUGGUGCAGGUAUUAUUGGUGUAACAACAGCAUGCACUAUAUUGAAAGAAUAUGCAGGAAAUGAAAAUCUUCAAUUAACGAUUGUUAGUGAAAAAUUUACACCUGAAACAACUGGUGAUACUUCAGCUGGAUAUUGGGAACCUUAUGGAUUUGCAAAUAUCGAUGAACGAAUACUUCGUUGGGCUGGUUAUACACAUGAUAUAUUUCUUAGUGAAUUUUUUUCAACAAAAGCUGCUCGUGCUGGUCUUAUGAAAGUUGAAUCAUAUAGAUUACAAGGUUUUAAUGGUCCAAAUAAAGAUAAUGAUAAAAUUAUUGAAAAACCUAAAUAUUCAAAAUUAGUUCGACAUUUUCGAUUAUUAGAUCAACAUGAACUUGGUAUGUUUGAUCAUUUAAAACCAACAUCAGGUUAUGUAAUGUCAUCAGUUGCUAUUGAAGUUAGUAAAUAUUUACCACAAUUAUUACGUUUUCUUUCAGAAGAUAAUCGAGUUAAAUUUAUAAAAAAGAAAAUUCAUUCAUUAAUUGAAUUAAAAGAUAAAGCUGAUGUUGUUAUUAAUUGUACAGGUUUAGCUUCGAGAUAUUUAGUUGGUGAUCAAACAAUUCGACCUGCACGUGGACAAGUUAUUCGUGUUUAUGCACCAUGGAUUAAAUCAGUUUAUGAAUUUGAUACUGACGAAGGUUUUGGAUAUAUUGUUCCACAAUUGGAUACUGUUGUUUUAGGUGGAACAUUUCAAUUAAAUGAUUGGAAUACGAAAAUAGAUGAAAAUGAUACUAAAAAAAUUCUUCGUAUUUGUUCGAAAGCAUUUCCUGCUCUUAAACAAAUUCGUCAUGGGAAAGUACAAGUUGGUCUAAGACCUUAUCGAGAUGAUGGUGUACGUCUUGAACAUGAAAAAACGGCUGAUGGUAUCAAUGUCGUACAUUGUUAUGGUCAUUCUGGUGCAGGUAUAACACUUUCAUGGGGUUGUGCAAAAGAUAUUGUAAACAUAGUUAAAACUUUAUUACCACCUAAUUCAAAACAGCAAGAUAAUUUACCCGAACAUGAACAAUUAUGGCGUCUUGUACCAAAUAUUGAAUAUGUUAUAUUACGCGCUAAACUUUAA